AUGGAAAUUGAAAGAGAUGAAUUUACUGACUGGAGAGGCAGAAGUAUUCAAUCAAAAAAGCAUGGGGGAACCAGAGGUGCUACGUUUCCUUGUGUUGUAGAAGUAUUGGAAAACAUGGUGUUCAUUUCAAAUGCCUCAAACUUCGUUACUUAUUUCAAGUCUUCAAUGCACUACCCAAUUGCACAGGCUGCAAAUAUGGUGACAAAUUUUAUGGGAACCUCUUUCUUGUUCACAAUAUUUGGCGGCUUUUUCUCUGAUGCUUUUUUCACAAGGUUCUGGACCUUCAACCUCUUUGGAAUACUAGAACUAGUGGGACUAAUCAUUCUGACAAUCCAAGCACAUAACACACAGCUUCAGCCACCUACGGGCCGAAAGCCAUCCUCCUCACAAUCUGCCAUGCUUUACACAGGGCUGUACGCCAUGGCCGUAGGUGUGGGAGGGGUGAAGGCCUCCUUGCCUGCCCUUGGUGCCGAUCAAUUUGAUCCCAGCAACAAGAGGCUCAUUUCCAGCUUCUUCAAUUGGUUCUUCUUUUCGCUCUGCACAGGAGGCCUGUUAGCAGUGACUAUCAUGGUCUGGGUCCAAGAGAACAUAGGUUGGAACUGGGGUUUCAAAAUCUCGUUGAUGGUCUUCUGUCUUGCUCUUUGUAUUUUCUUCGUUGGAUGCCCAUUCUACAGAUGUAAACGUCCGGGAGGGAGUCCAUUAACUAGGUUUCUCAAGGUACUUGCGUCUACAAUUCGAAACCGGAAAGCAUCCCCCCAGGAGAAGAAUCAGAAUGAAGUCGAUGGGAGAUCUCAUAACAAGUUUAGGUUUCUAAACAAAGCCUUAGUGGACAACACCAUUAGUUCUGCCCAAGUUGAAGAAGCAAGGACCUUCCUUGGCCUUCUUCCCAUCUUUGCAAGCACAAUCAUGAUGAAUUGCUGCUUGGCCCAACUACAGACCUUCUCUGUGCAACAAGGAAGUAUCAUGAACAAGAAACUUUCUCGUGGUUUUGAGAUACCAACACCUUCCCUUGCUGUGUUCCCACUCACAAUCAUGCUUGUUUCCAUCCCCCUAUAUGAGCGUAUGGCCAGUUUGUUCUUCAAGAGCUCCUCUCCUAAAGGUUAUGAACUGCACCCUCUCCGCCGGAUCGGUACAGGACUCGUGCUGGCGUCUGGAUCAAUGGCCGUGGCCGCGGUGGUGGAAUCUAUGAGGCGCCGCGCUGCGAACAGGAAUGUCACAUUGUCGGUCUUCUGGCUGGUCUGGCAGUACCUUCUGCUAGGCUUCUCCGACAUGCUUACGCUUGGCGGUAUGCUCGAGUUCUUCUACUCUGAGGCGCCUGAUAGAAUGAGAAGCAUGUGUACUGCGUUGUCAUGGUGCUCAACCUCCAUGGGCUACUUCCUCAGCUCUGUGCUUGUUUCAGUUGCCAACUCUGUGACUCAGAAGUUUGGAGCUGCUUGGCUGGGAGGAAACGAUUUGAAUCACAAUCGUUUGGACCUCUUUUACACACUUCUCUGUGUUCUGAACUUUCUCAAUUUCCUCAAUUACAUGUACUGGGCCAAACGAUAUUAGAAUCUGUGGAGGAGAACAGUUGUUUGUGUUU